CGGGAAUUUUUUUUCCAUAUUUUCAAGUUUUUUUCCCGUUAACUUUAUUUUAUUUUUUUCAUUUAAUUUUUAUUUUUUUUUCCCAAGUCUAAAAUGAGUUCAUCAGAAAGACUUCGACCAUUCGUAUUUUUUGUGUAUGUAUCGCUUCAUUAGGUGCAUUCAACAAUGGUAUGAAUACAUCUGCCUUGAAUAUUCCUGGUGAUGUUCUUACACAGUGUCCUGGUGUACCUUUUGGUGUAAAGACUUAUUAUCCUCAUUCACAUUUGCCUCAAUGUAUUCCUAUGACGAGUUGGGUUUUGGGUGCUGCUACUGGUAUGUUUGCCGUUGGUGGUUUGCUUGGUGCUAUUCUUGCUAGUUGGUUAGCUGCUAGACUUGGUCGUCGUGAUUCUAUGAUUUUAAUGAACGUUACUUUCUUUAUUGGUGCCAUUUUGCUUUCUCUUUCUACUGAACCUGCUCAAUUCGCUAUUGGUCGUAUCUUUGUUGGUUUGGGUUCUGGUUUUAUGACAGUCGUUAUCUCCAUGUAUAUCUCUGAAAUUUCUCCUCCAAAGUAUCGUGGUGCUCUUGGUUCUUGUCUUCAACUUUUCUUAACCAUCGGUAUUUUAAUUAUUGAAUUAAUUGGUCUCGGUCUUUCUUCUGCUGUCGGAUGGCGUAUUGUUGUUAUCAUUACUGUUGCCCCCGCUAUUAUUCAAAUGAUUUGUUUGCCUUUCUGUGCUAGAUCUCCUCGUUGGUUGAUCUCUAAGAAUCGUAUUGAUGAAGCUCGUGUUCAAUUGAUGCGUCUUCGUUAUGGUGAUGUUCAAGAAGAAUUCUCUGAUAUGAUCUUGUCUCUUACUAAGGGUGGUAAUGAUGCCAAGAAGAACAAUGGUGAACCCGGCGAAAAAGAUAGUUUCGAUAAUCUCCCCACAGAUGACUCUCCUAUUGAAAGUGAAAAGAGUUUAUCUCUUAGACAAGUUUUCAGUAUUCGUGUUCUCGCCAUUUUGACUUUGAAGAUGAUGGUCGUGCAUAUGUCUUCUCAAUUGACUGGUAUCAACGCUGUCAUGUACUAUUCUACUUCUAUUUUCACAGGUGCCUUCGGUGACCGUGCCAAGUAUGUCACUAUCGGUUCUUCUAUUCUUAACGUUGUCAUGACCAUUAUUGCCCUUGGUUUAGUCGAUCGUUUAGGUCGUAAGAUUUUGUUGGUCAUCUCUGCCUAUGGUAUGACCCUUUGGUCUAUCCUGAUGACUGUUGGUAUGGUUAAGAAUAUCUCCGGUCUUCAAGUUGUUUCUAUUUAUUUCUUCAUUGCUGCUUAUGCCAUCGGUCUUGGUGUCAUUCCUUUCGUUAUCAAUUCUGAAGUCUUCCCUACCUACGCUGUCUCUGCCUCUUCCUCUAUGGCCUUGGUUAUUAACUGGCUCUGUAACUUCAUUAUCGGUCUUAUCUUCCCUGCUCUUCUUGAUGCUUGUGGUUCUUACGUUUUCUUGAUUUUCACUGGUAUCUCUGCUCUUUGCGGUACUUUCAUUCUUAUCUUUAUCCCUGAAACCAAGCAAAAGAGUAUUGAACAAAUUGGUCGUGAACUUGGCUGGGCCAGCAUCAGACUUGAAGAUUACAUCUAAGUCGUAUAAUAAUUUUUCUUCCCUUUAUUUUUUUUUUUUACAUUUCUACUCUUUAAUUUUUUAUUAUUAUUU